AUGUCACCCACCAACCGCGCCGACUCCGCUGUGUUUGCGAGGAAGCAGCAUCGAUUGUUGUGGCAGGAGUCCGAGACACUUGAAUGUACCCAAAGCACUUGUAUCAAGCGCACGAACCUCUUUUGUUGCUUCUCUUUUUUUUUUGCACCCUUGAAUACUCCAACGUGGGUCUUUUCUCUUCACGCUUUAUGUCUUGUGGAAGAAGAGUGUCCGUGCUGGUUGCUGCUGAGAUGCUGCGCUGGGGGUGGGGAAAGGAGGCGGUCCAACACACACACACACACGGAGAGACAGAGAGAAGGUACGAUUGGCUUUGAUGCUCUUUUUUGUCCGGAUCGCUCCUCCCCUCGACUCCUUGUUGGCGUUAAAAGAAAAGCGCUGCUUGAAAGAAACCUCACUUCUACUUCCAUGUUAACCCUCGUACAGUUCCACGUUUUGGUGAGGCACUUGGGCGAUCUCUUGUGUGCUUCAAAAAGUCAUCGUUUUUCCUUCUUCUUUUUUUGUUUUGGUCGAUUCUCGCUUUCAUUUUAA